AUGAUUAACUUUUCUAAACUAGCUGGAUAUAAGAAAGAGGAUGUUAGGAAUCUUCUAUUGAUUUUACAAGAAUUUGUUAUUGUUUAUCGUGAUAAUAAGGUAAAGAUUAAUUAUCAAUCAAGACCGGUGGUAUUAUUUUUGGGAACGUUGGUUUCAACUUUUGGAUUAGGAAUUAUAUUUAUAUUAAGAAGUUUAAUUCAUAAGUAUAAUGAAAUAAGAUUAAAUAAUAAGCAAAGACGUCCGGAUUUGAUUAGACAAUCAUCAACUAUAUUGAAAAAUGGAUCAAGAGAAAUCUUCAUACCUAAUGGUAAAGGUAAAAAUGGUACUAGUAGAAUAAUCAUCCCCAAACCCAAUUUAGAUCAAUACGCAGCUGAUAAAUAUUUGUAUAAGAAUUUUGUGAUUGAUCAAAAAUUAAAACAACAAAAGAAUAUAUUAAAUUCCAAAUUUUUAAAUCAAUUGAUUAUUAUUUGGAGAAUAUUGAUUCCAAAAUUUUAUUCGAAAAAUACUUCACUUUUAUUAUCUCAAUGUUUUUUCCUUAUUUUAAGAACUUGGUUAUCUUUAUUAGUUGCUAAAUUAGAUGGUCAAAUUGUUAAAAAUUUAAUUGGUGCUAAUGGUCGUAAAUUUGCUCGUGAUUUGAUUUAUUGGUUAUUAAUUGCAUUUCCUGCUUCUUAUACUAAUGCUGCAAUUAAAUAUUUAACGAAUCGAUUAUCUUUAAGUUUCAGAACUAAUUUAAUUAGAUACAUUCAUGAUAUGUAUCUUGAUCAAGUUAUGGCUUAUUAUAAAAUUUCUUUUAAUGAUUCUCAACUGCAAAUUUUGAACAUUGAUCAAUAUAUUACUAAUGAUGUUACUAAAUUUUGUGAUUCAAUUUGUGGGUUAUUUAGUAGUAUGGGUAAACCUUUAAUUGAUAUUGUUUUUUUCGCAGUUUAUUUAAGAGAUAACUUAGGUACUGGGGCAAUUGUUGGUAUUUUUGCUAAUUAUUUUUUAACUGCUUGGUUAUUAAAAUUUAAUACUCCAUCUUUUGGUAAAUUAAGUGCUAAAAAGACUCAUUUAGAAGGUCAAUAUUAUAACCAACAUUUAAAUUUAAUAACUAAUUGUGAAGAAAUUGGUUUUUAUAAAGGUUCAGUUAUCGAAAAAUCAAAAUUAUAUGAAACUUUCCAAAAUUUAACUAAUCAUAUUUCAAAAGAAAUCAAAGUUUCUUUCAAUUAUUCAAUAUUAGAAGAUUAUAUUUUAAAAUAUACUUGGUCUGCUUGGGGAUAUAUUUUUGCUGGAUUACCAGUGUUUUUAGAUGAUAUUUGGCCAAAACAUAAUGAUCUGGAUGAUACUUCAUCAGUUGAUUCUUCAAAUUCGUUAGAAAGUAAUAAACCAGCUAAAGUUAAUGAACGUCAAAACAUGAGACAAUUCAUUAUUAAUAAAAGAUUAAUGUUAUCUUUAGCUGAUGCCGGAUCUCGUUUAAUGUAUUCAAUUAAAGACGUUAGUGAAUUAACUGGAUACACUGAUCGUGUGUUCAAUUUAUUAACUAAUUUACAUUUAGCUCAUUCACCAACUUUUAAUUAUGGAUCAAAAUUAGGAAUAAAUGAUAUACAUGGUACCAUUCAACGUAAUUAUGUUGAAGGAAUUAGAUAUGAAGAUAUUCCAGUUAUAAUCCCAACAAUUGAAGGAUCAGAAAAUGAAAAAUUAAUUGAAGGAUUAAAUUUUCAAGUUAAACAAAAUAAAAAUUUAUUGAUCUUAGGUAGUAAUGGAUGUGGUAAAACAUCAAUUGCAAGAAUAAUUGCAGGAUUAUGGCCAGUUUAUUCAGGAUUACUAUCAAAACCAAGCGACGAAGAUAUUUUUUAUUUACCACAAAAAACUUAUUUUACUAAUGGUAACUUAAGAGACCAAAUCAUUUAUCCUCAUAAUUAUGACGAAAUGAUUGAAAUGGGUUAUAAUGAUGAUCAUUUAUAUCAUAUUUUGAGAGAAGUUAAAUUAGAUUAUCUAUUAAAUCGUGAAGGUAAUUUCAAUGUUCGUAAAGAUUGGAAGGAUGUUUUCAGUGGAGGUGAAAAACAAAGAAUUAGUAUUGCCAGGGUUUUAUUUAAAAAUCCAAAAUUUGUUAUUUUAGAUGAAAGUACUAAUGCUGUUAGUACCGAUGUUGAAGAUUACUUAUUUGAAUUAUUACAGAAAAAGAAAAUUACUUUUAUUACUUUGAGUCAUCGUCCAUUAUUAAUGAAGUAUCAUGAUUUUAUUUUAGAAAUUAAAAACGAAAAUGGUGAUUCUUCGGACUGGAAAUUUCACGAUUUAACCAGCGAAGAGAAUUUGAAGAGUAUUGAUAAUGAAAUAAAUGAAAUUAGUAAAAAAUUAUCUAAAGUUAAAGAAUGGGAAUCUAGAAAAGAUGAUGUUGAAUUAUAUUUGGAUGGUAAAUACGAUGAUAUUGAAGAAUCUGCCAUUGAAUUACCAAGUGACUCCAUUCCCCUGUUGAACUAA